UUGAUAUUCAAGUUUGUCCAAAUUAAUGAAAAAAUGUUUGUUAUUUGUGGGUUAUUCAUGAGACUUUUGUUUGUAUUCUAUCAUAGCCGAAAUAUGUUUCUUCAAUAGCUGAAUUUUGUAAUCGCCAAAACUUGAAAUUUUUCUUUGAUUGUUGAUUGUUCCAAUUCAACCCUGAUCGACAGCGAUUUCAUGAAUGAAAUAUUUUGAUUAGCCAAAGACGACCUCCUCUCCGCGCUUUCACUGGUGAAGUCCGCGCGUUGAUUUCCUGCCGAGGGGACUCUCUAAUCAGUUACAUUUGUGCGUGGUUUUGGAUCGGUUGUUCUGCAUCUCGCAGUUCGCGACCAUUAAGGAUGAGAGAGUGCGGAAUUUGCUGGUUACUUCUGGCUGGAUUAGGAUUUUCAGUGUUGUUCUCUGUUCAAUCAGGUACUAUUAAUGCGGUUAGCGAUGAUGCUUCUGAAGAAUCGGUGGAAACUUCCAGUGUGCCAGCUUUCGUUCGAAGUCGGUUCAAUUUAAGGGUGUGGUCAACGACGGAGGCUCCAAAUGGGACGGAAACGACGACCACGGUGAAGCCAAAGCGUCCAAAAAUCACAACUACAACGGAAGUAGUUGAUCUUGAAGUGACUACCAGCGAGCUCGCCGUAAGCGAAGUGACCUCCACGGUGUCUUCAACGACGGUCGCGGAAGACGUUCCACGGAAGGUGGUCGAGACCUCCGCAAGCGAAGUAGUCUCAAUCCCAGUAAAGCGUCUUUCUACAUGGAGAAAGGACAUCGCCGUAAUCCGUCUUGCCGAGCGGGUUAACAUUACGGAACGCAUCAGGCCGGUGUGUCUUCCCGGCAGUGACAGGUUCAACUAUACGGAACUUCACUUUCACGUCUGCAAGAAGGACAAACAGCAGUUUGGCCGGACUAGCUCCUUCAGUAAACUAGUCGCGGUGACCUCGUUGACCCAGAAGGACUGUCAGAUCCUGUUCCGGAGGCACCAAGCUGAGCUGGGCCCGAAAGAGUUUUGUGCGUGGGACGAAACGGGGGACAAUUGCACGGGAGAUUUGGGAGGUCCGUUGAUGGUGAAGUUGCAGGGACGUUACCACGUAGUGGGGCUUAACUCGUAUGCGUUGGCGAAGUCAAAAAUCGACAGCGAAGGACUUCCCGGUGUGUACGUCCGAGUGGGUUCGUUUAUCAAGUGGAUUCAUGCGGUGCUGAAAACAGAAUUUGACGAUUCGCCCUAAUGUCGCUCACUUAACACGUAACAGCAACUCAGGUGAAUGGCUGAAAUUAUCUGUAGGUACUUGUAUUAAGUUUGAGCAGGAAGAAGUUUUACAAAAGUGAAAACCAAUAAAGUUGUUGAAACAAUAA